ACACCACAGAAGAAGAAGGCGCUGCUCUGCUCUGCUCUGCGGCGGCAGCAUUUGUAGUUCUGAGCAGCUGGACUGAAGAACUACAGAGAACCCAGAGGAACUCAGAGGAACUCAGAGGAACGGACCGGUACCGACAUGAGCGAGGCCGCCGCGGACACGACCACGCUGUGCCUGUUUGACGUGGACGGAACGCUCACGGCCGCGAGACAGGUCGUGACUCCAGAAAUGUCCGAGUUCCUGCAGAAGCUGAAGACUCGGGUUCGAGUAGGAGUCGUUGGAGGAUCAGACCUCAGUAAGAUCCAGGAGCAGCUGGGGAGUGACGUCAUCCAGAAGGUGGACUACGUGUUCGCUGAGAACGGACUGGUGGCCUAUAAGGAUGGAACACUGCUGUCUGUACAGUCCAUCCAGGCUCACAUGGGUGAAGAACUCCUGCAGAACUUCAUCAACUUCUGCCUGAACUACAUGUCCAGGAUCAAGCUGCCCAGGAAGAGGGGAACGUUCAUCGAGUUCCGUAACGGAAUGUUGAACGUGUCUCCGAUCGGUCGCAGCUGUACGCUGGAGGAGAGGAAGGAGUUCUACGAGCUGGACCAGAAAGAGAAAAUCAGGGAGAAGUUUGUGUCGGUUCUGAAGGAAGAAUUCAAAGGAAAAGGACUUUCGUUCUCCAUUGGAGGUCAGAUCAGCUUCGACGUGUUUCCUGACGGCUGGGAUAAGAGGUAUUGUCUGGGGAUCGUAGAGAAGGACGACUACUCCACCAUCCACUUCUUUGGAGACAAAACCAAACCUGGAGGAAACGACUACGAGAUCUACAGCGACCCGCGGACCAUCGGACACGAGGUGUCAAGUCCAGAAGAAACUCUGCAGCUCUGCCGACAGCUUUUCUUCUCCUGAGAACCUCCACGACGAAAGAGACCAAAACUGAACCUCUUCCAUCCACGAUUCGUCCUUUUGCGUCUCCUACGUCUGAGACUGAACCUACGAACUUUAGUUUUCAGACGUUGGAUUUGUCUGUUUGGAGCUUCUUUUGAUUUCUGUUCAGUCAUUCUAGAUUCGAAAAAACAACAGAAGAGAAACCUAAAGACGUCAGAACUUUCUGCUGCCAUCUGGUUCUGGUGUUGAUUAAAAUGUAGAAACUACUGGAUCUGAGCAUCUUAAGAACCUCUGCUAGCAUUAAAAUGUUGCUGCUAAUAAACAACAGAAAUCUACAGACCUGGUGCAUCCCAUAAAAUAAACGUUGGUAGAAACAGCUAAUACGCAACUCUUGAAUUGGCCCCAUUAACCCAAAGUUUGCCUCCAUCAAGCUAACGUCUUCUUGGUUGGCCAUGUUUCUGUGGAUGUUGCUGCUUUUAAAUGGGAAGAAUCCAAAUGAACGGCACCCCUUGUGGUGUUUACGACCUCAGAACUGGAAAUUUAGUAAAAGUUUAUGCUGUAGUUUUGGUCAUUUGCAGUGUUUCUUUAUCACUUUAGAAGAUGUUCAAGGAAAAUGUAGAUGAUCCUGAUUUUUGUUGGCAUUUCAAAUAUUGCUUUCAUUAGUGGGCUGCACAGUGGGGUAGUGGUUUGCAAUUUCGCCUUGCAGCAAGAAGAUCCCGGUUCAAAUCCCGGCCUGGGAUCUUUCUGCAUGGAGUUUGCAUGUUCUCCCUGUGCAUGCGUGGGUUUUCUCCGGGUACUCCGGCUUCCUCCCACAGUCCAAAAACAUGCUGAGGUUAAUUGGUUACUCUAAAUUGUCCGUAGGUGUGAAUGUGAGUGUGAUUGUGUGUCUGUAUAUGUAGCCCUGUGACAGACUGGUGACCUGUCCAGGGUGUCCCCUGUCUUCACCCGAGUCAGCUGGGAUAGACUCCAGCACCCCCCAUGACCCUAGUGAGGAUAAAGCGGUGUAUAGAGAAUGAAUGGACUCUCAUUAGCUCGCUAAAGUUGUGCACAAAUUUCACGCUACUUUGAGUUUUUGUCCUCACUUUUAGGGUACAUUUUCCAUAAAAGUGUUGCUAACAGUUUAAAUUGUUAGCCACACUUCUCGCUAACAAUUUAAACUGUUAGCCACACUUCUAGCUAGCAAAUUCAACUCUUAGCCACCCUUCUAGAUUACAAUUUAAACUGUUAGCCACACUUCUAGAUAGUAGUUUAUAUUGUUAGCUAAAAGUGUGGCUAAAAACUAUGUUUUUUCAUUUACAUUUCUAGCAUCACUCUUGUUAACUUGCUAAAUGGUCAGCAUCAGUAGCUUCUGUACGCUGACAGUAGCAACCACGUAGCUGUUAGCUCACAACUGAUUUUUACAACUUACGCCUGGUUUUAAUGCCAAACAUUUGGUGUACACGGCUUCCUGUGUCAUUUUCACAAGUUUAUUUAAAGGCAGCUUUAGAUGUUGACAUCUCAGCAAGUCAUGCACCAAAAGGUUUGGCGACUUUGAGUUUUGUGAUUUUAAAAUACUGUCAAACCAUCAGAGUCGUCCACGUAGCGUUUUCUAACCAUUGUUCUCGAGAAAACGGCCAGCACAGUGAAGAUCUUUAUCCAUCUGUCGCUGUUGCUCAGAUUCUGCUUGUAAAUGACGUCACCAGAACAUAAAAGUUCUUUUCUGACAUAUUUUGUUUCUCUUUGUUACAGUAGAAGUUGUGUUUAUACAGUCUGGGGUAUGAACUGCAGCACAUCACUUCCUGUUUUCACCUUUUAGCUCCUCCUAUGCAGGCGAAAGAUGAUAAAUAAAAAAACUGAUGAAUGAUAAUCUGAGAGCUUAAAGUUGGUUCACAGAAUCAGAGCAUCACAGAACUGUAAAGUCCUUCCAUCAGUGUGUAGUAAAGCUUUAUAAUGAACAAACAUGUAACAUUACUGAUCCGUAGCACUUACAAUAAAGUUUUUAUGAAGAUUCUACUGGAAAAGAUGUGAACUGUGAGAGAUAAAUGAAGGGAGCAAUUCUCUUGUUUGUAAGGUAAAAAUAAUAAAGUCUCUAAGCUGAAACUUGA